GAGCAACUCACAGACUCGGUUUCUUCUGCACUCCACAGUUCGAGCUUCUUAUCCCAUGGAUGGCAAUGACAAGGCCUACGAGCAACUGGGAAAAAGGGAAAAGAAAAUCAGAAGCACUCAAUCAUCCUCCACAUUCAAGUGAAGCAAGUAGAGUUGCUGAGAGUGGGGCCUGAUAUUUGGGAGUAUGUGGAAUAAGAGGAUGGCGGACAUGGUGUGGGACUCGGGAUGAGGGGAGAAGUAGAGGAGAUGGGCGAGUUAGAGGGAGAGGGAGUAUGUGUGGGACUGCUUGUAGUGGUUGAAGAAGGUUGGCUGGUCGUUGGUGGGGGACAUGAGAUUUCAACUGCUUUUGCACAGGUUUGUUUUCAUUGAAAAAGAAGAUUGAAGAUGCAGUUAUCCGUGCUGAGAUGCUUGCACCAUCUGCCCUGGAACUUGAGGAAGCAAGGCGGAUCAAGCAGGAAGAAAUGAUACACGAGUCUAACCUGUGGGAUGAUCCAGCUAAAUCCGACAAAAUCCUUGUCAAGUUUGCUGAUAUUGCCAAAGUGGUUGAUGCUCUCAAAGACCUAACAUAUAAGGCAGAAGAAGCAAAGCUGAUCACAGAGUUGGCUGAGAACAAUGUUAUCGACUAUGGGCUUUUUAAGCAAGCGUAUAAUGCAUCUUUAGAUGUGGGAAAGUUUUUGGAUCAGUAUAGGAUGUCCAAGCUUCUUAAGGGGCUGUAUGACGUGGAGGGAGCAUGUGUAAUUAUUAAUGCUGGAUCUGGCGGCACUCACCCUGAGAUCUGGGCAGAAAAACUCCUAAGUAUGUAUAGCAAAUGGGCCAAAAAGCAAGGCUGCAUAGGAAGAGUGGUUGAGAAGUAUCCUUCAAAGAGUGGUGGCAUCAAGUCGGCCACAAUAGAGUUCGAAUUUGAGUGUGCUUAUGGCUAUCUUUUAGGGGAGAAGGGUGUUCACUACAUGAUAGGUUCUCAAAAUGGAUCUGUGCUACAUGAGGCUUUUGCAGCAUGUGUGGACGUUGUUCCUCUCUUUCUUAAAACAGCAUGUAACCUACAAAUUGACGAUGGAGAUUUGAUUGUCUCACCACCCUUAAUACAGCAAAGUGGAACUAAGCCAACUAUCUGCAUUCAGCAUAUUCCAACAGGCAUACAAGUUCAAUCCUCAGGUGAGAGGAACCACUUUGCAAAUAAGAUCAAGGCCCUUAAUCGAUUGAAAGCUAAACUUGUUGUAAUAGCCAGUGAGCAAGGAGUUUCCAGUGUAAGUGACAUAAAGAGAGAUGCCAUUGUCGAUUUGUGGCAAAAAGAAACUCGAAGGUAUGUCUCUCAUCCAUUCAAGCUAGUAGAAGAUGUAAAAACUGGCAUCCUAUUGCCCAACCUAAAUUCCAUUUUGGAUGGAAAUAUUGAACCUCUUAUUGAAGCUCAUAUCAAUAUAAGAUAGUGAUAUGCCACCUCUUUUUU